AUGGCAGCAUAUCUCACCCAGCGCAUCUCGCACCCUCACCAUGGCAUCCCAGUCUCGCGGUCCGAAACCCCAGCACCCGAGAAAUCGGUAAAAUGCCUCGCGCCCAUUCCCAACGUCGCCGCCAAAGGCGUUCCGUUCUUCACGCCGGCGCAGGAUCCGGUCGCGGGCAGUGCUGUAGAUCCCCAACCAUCUGGCAAGCCUGUGCCCAAGCUUUUCACGCCGCUCAAGAUCCGGGGCAUCACAAUGCCAAAUCGAAUCUGGGUAAGCCCCAUGUGCCAGUACAGCGCCCACGAGGGCUUCCACACUCCUUGGCACAUUACCCACUACGGCGGUAUAGUCCAGCGAGGCCCCGGCCUCGUCAUGCUGGAAGCAACGUCCGUUCAGCCCAACGGUCGCAUCACUCCCGAAGACUCCGGGAUUUGGCUCGACGCUCACGUCGACACUCUCAAGAAGCAUGUCGACUUUGCCCACAGCCAAAACGCCCUCAUUGCUAUUCAGCUGGCGCACGCCGGCCGAAAGGCCUCGACAGUUGCGCCUUGGCUGAGCUCCGGCGCGACAGCCACCGAGGAGGUUGGUGGUUGGCCGUCGGACGUCGUCGGGCCAGGCAGUGUUCCUUUCGGAGAACAUUAUCCGUGCCCGCGGGCCAUGACUUUGCCAGAGAUUGAGCAAUUCAAGCGUGACUUUGUCUCGGCCGUGCGCCGGGCUGUCGGCGCCGGCUUUGAUAUCGUCGAGCUGCACUUUGCCCACGGCUAUCUCGUAGCCAGCUUCCUGUCGCCGGCGGUGAAUAAACGUACAGAUCGAUACGGCGGAAGCUUUGAGAAUCGCGCUAGGCUGGCCCUUGAGCUUGUCGACGCCACCAGAGCCGCGAUUCCAGUGGACAUGCCGUUAUUCGUGCGCAUCAGCGCGACGGACUGGCUGGAUACGAACCCGGAAUGGGACGGGGGCGCAAGCUGGACAAUUGACGAGAGCGUCAAAUUGGCCAAGCUCUUUUCGCAGCGUGGAGUGGACGUCUUGGACGUCUCCAGCGGCGGCAACCACAGCCACCAGAAAAUCAUCGGUGGGCCGGGCUAUCAGGCGGCGUUGGCAAAGGCGAUCAAGGCGGCCGUCGGUGAUGCCCUGUUGGUGAGUUCUGUGGGAAGCAUCAGGACUGGAGAGCUUGCCCAGGACAUUAUCCAAGGCGGCAAAGAUGAGAACGACACGCCCCUGGACCUGAUUGCCGCCGGUCGCAUGUUCCAGAAAAACCCGGGCUUGGUGUGGUCCUGGGCAGACGAGCUGGGAGUAACCAUUAAUGUUGCUCACCAGAUUGGAUGGGGAUUCGGGGGCAGAGCCACCAAGAAAGCCGCAAAGAACUCGAUUCCCUGA